UUCAAGUGUGUAUCUCAGUUAGAGUAGCAGUGUGUUGUUUAGAUAUGGAAGCUAAAUAUAGACAGCUGUUCUUGAGUACCAACGUUGUGACAGAGUCAAGUAUCUUCGAUGGCGGUGUAGUGGUUGAUGAGAAUGGUGUGAUCGCGGAGAUUGUUAGCCGAGAUGAAGCAAAUGAAAUAAUAGAGGAGUACGGAGAAGAGAUUGAAGUUAUAGAUGGAGGCGGUUUGGCUUUGCUGCCGGGAGUGGUGGACUCUCACGUUCAUAUAAACGAGCCGGGACGCACAGCCUGGGAGGGGUUCCGGACCGCGACAACCGCCGCCGCAGCUGGUGGUAUUACUACCAUUGUUGAUAUGCCUCUAAAUUCAAUUCCGCCGACAACUACAGUAGAAAACCUGAAAAUAAAAGCAAACUCAGCCAAAGGGAAUGUGUUCGUCGAUGUUGCUUUCUGGGGUGGAGUUAUUGUUGGAAACCAGGAUUCGCUGCGCGAUCUGGUGAAGGCUGGUGUCGUGGGCUUCAAGUGCUUCCUGUGUCCAAGUGGUGUUGAAGAGUUCCCCAAUGUUGGUGCAGCUGACCUGGAGUUGGCUUUUCAUGAACUUGAAGGAACUGGAUCCGUUUUAGCUUUCCACGCGGAGAUGGAAGAUAACGCUCCAUCCAAAAGAAAAAUAAAAAAACAAGAUCCAGAAGAUUACUAUACAUAUUUAGAAUCUCGACCACCCAACAUGGAAUUAGAUGCAGUAUCAUUGAUAAAUAACUUUGUGGAGACGACCAAGGUGAGAGUCCAUAUCGUGCACGUGUCCUCUGCGAGCGUGGUGCCGCUUCUCGCGCAGGCUAGAGCUACUCGACUGGCUGCCGGGAAUCCGGCCUGGAGAGGCGGAGUCACUGCGGAGACUUGUCACCACUACCUGUCGCUGACUGCUGAAGAAAUCCCAAAUGGUCACAGCGAAUAUAAGUGCGCGCCGCCGAUUCGAGAAAAGGAGAAUAAGGUGCUAAAUAGCACUUACCUUUUGUUUUUAUAA